AACAUGUUUCAUAUAAACACAGGUAAUAGCUGAUUACCACCAUAAAUAGACAUGCCUGAGGUGACUGACAUACACAUCAAGCAAGAUAAAGUGAGAACAAUGAAAGGGGAGAAGAGUACAUUAAACAUCGGAAGCUUCUCAAUAAUAACUAUGAACAAUCCAAGAAUAAAUUUCUCCAAUUUUCAGAAGAAGGGACCCAUGAGACGUUCGUAUCUUGAAGGUGGUAGGAACCACUUAAGAUCUCAGAAAUCACAUAAGAGUACAACGAAUAUGUUAGAGAAAUUCAGGCAUUAUAAGCUUAAAUCAAAGAAUACUGAGUCAAUGCCAGAAUUACCUCCAACGGAUCAAAACUCUACUAGCGAAUUAUAAAAAGGCAAAGAAUGCAGCAUGAUGUCUACACUUCAAAGUUUACUCGGAUUAAAAAGAAGAAGGAACUUCCAAGGUGCACCUGUAAGGCAGACAAAAGAGGUUGUAAAUUAAAGCUUAACAUCAAUAAUCUUUGCAACUAUUGAAAGACGAAUGAGCCCAAGGAGUUAUCAAAUGCGUUCCAUUCCUUACCCUCACCAGAGAAUAUGGACUAUUUUAGGAGGAUCAAAGGAUCUUAUGACUUCAGUAAAUUAGUCUCAAGGGAGAACAAGGUUGAACAGUCAAAGUUUGGUAAAUAAGAACUUCCAUUUUGCUUUGGGUAAGACAGAUAAGAAAAUAAAAUAUGCCCCUGGUGUGGGAGUGCCCAUGCUGUCCAAGUUUGACAUUAACAAGUACAAGAAUCAGAAGAAUGAUAUAGAAGCCUUUAGGAGCAAACUUAAGAGGUUAGUGCAUAAAACAAGAGUUGGCUAG